UACCUCCAAGUGUGAAAGAACUCUCUGUGAAACUAUAAUAUUUAAAUCGAGAAAAUAUUUCUUCGGUGUAUUUAAAAAUUUUUCAUUUUUCUGUGUUCACUGUUAAAUAGAAAAUAUAAUCCUUCGAAAUAAUGUCCUCAAUAGAAAAACAUUCGAAAUCUGUGUCGAAUAUGAUCGACAGGAUUAACUCGAAUAAAAACGAAACAAGAAAUUAUAGAAUGUGUUAUUCGUCCGACGAUUUAGAUUCAGAGAAAAACAUUAAAAGCAGUCCUUCGGUUAGCACAGGAAAAUCGAAAAAUUUUGUAAUGAAAUUAAUCGGGAACUUUGAAAAAAAAAACAAUAAAAGUAGUGAUCAUAUAAAGAAUACAAAUACAAAAUUUUUACGAAGAUCUUUCAUGAGAAUUCCGUUACCAAGGAUCAAUUCGUAUUAUCGCAAUACACAUAACAAUUUUAAUCUGCCAGAACCGAUAUUGGAUAAUAAAAAUGAGAGAUUAUCAAACGUGAAAAAUAUUCGAUCGGAAAUAUACCUAAAAACGUUUGAGAAUGAUAUUAAAACCGUUAACGAUUCUAAUUUACUUACCGAAUCAUCGUCAUCUAAUCUCCGAUUGGUCGAUAAUAACGCCAAAGAAAAAUGGACGACUACGAACAAACGAUGGAGCGAUACUAUAAACGAAGAAAAAAUCAAUCAAAAGAAAUCUGUCAAAGGAGUUUUAAGUUAUUUGAUCAGAUGGAAAAAACAUAGCGAUGAAAAUAAAUCUCAACGUUCUCGAUCUUGUGAUAAAUCAGAAAUGCAUUAUGAUAUAUUGUCUUCUGCACCAAUUAUACCAAGAGCACGUUCUUUACAAACUGUUGUUAUUAAUAAUACUAAGGAUAAAAAUAAUACAAAUUUAAAUCGAAGUGCAACGAUUCGACCGUUUUAUGGUAUUAAAAGAAAUCAGAUGGCAUCAAAAAAAUUUCUCGAAUCCUUUCAUUCAAUAAAGAUAAAUCCCCGUAAGGAAGAUUCCGGUUAUGGUUCUGGAACAUUGUCGAUCGGAGAAUCCAACGAAAAUCUUGUCAAACCGUCGGCGGUUCGAGAAAUGUCUAAAAAGCUUACGUUUAUACCUGAACAACAUCAACAUCAACAAACUUGUAAUCAAAAAAAUCAUAUAGAUCUUUAUAGACAAGUUUUAAGUCAUUGCAAGAGAGAUAGAAAUUCUUACCAAAGAAAAUCCUUCGUCCAUGACGAGUUAAAUGAAGCCGUAAAGAAAAGAUUUAAUGAUAUAUCGAAUGAAAAUAUUAUUUAUACUCAGUCGAUAAAUCAUAAAUUAAAACACGAUUACUCGUCGAUAUACAUUAACAAAAUCCCUGUCAAUACGGAAUAUGAAAAUACUCUGAAUAUUUCUCGUCCUUUGCAAUCAGAUCAAUUAUAG